AUAAUGACAUCUAUUCACCUGAACUAUCGGACUCUGGUAAGGCUAUGGAUGAGAGAGGACAAUUAAGAUCACAUACGUUGAGAGUUCAGAGACCUGAAGGUGUACCCAAUUGGGCAGCAAAUAGAGAAAAUAAAGAAAUUUAUUCUAGUAACAAAGCAAGUGGUAAAAGACCAGCUUCUAAUAUUAUAGUGGAACAACCAA